AUGGGCCGAACAGUCUAUGCUGUUGGUGCUCUUCUUCUUCUGCUUGGACUUCUGUUUCCCACAGGAGAGGGAAGAAAGAGGAACCGUGGAUCUCAAGGUGCCAUCCCUCCUCCUGAUAAGGAUCAGCCCAAUGAUUCAGAGCAAACACAGACACAGCAGCAAUCCGGUUCUAGGAACCGAGAGCGGGGAAAGGGCACAUCAAUGCCAGCUGAAGAGGUGCUGGAGUCUAGUCAGGAGGCAUUACAUGUCACUGAGCGAAAAUACCUAAAGCGGGAUUGGUGUAAAACUCAGCCCCUCAAACAAACUAUCCAUGAAGAAGGCUGCAACAGUCGUACCAUUAUCAACAGAUUCUGCUAUGGCCAGUGCAAUUCUUUCUACAUCCCAAGGCAUGUCCACAAAGAGGAAGGUUCUUUCCAAUCCUGUUCCUUCUGCAAGCCUAAGAAAUUCACCGCUAUGACAGUUACACUCAAUUGCCCUGAACUUCAGCCCCCUAGAAAGAAGAAAAGGAUCACACGAGUCAAAGAGUGUCGGUGCAUAUCUAUAGAUUUGGACUGACUGAGCUAAAUAUUUCACCUGUGACACUCUAGGCUUAGGCAGGCGGUGCCAGUUUAAGAGUGAGUGGCAUAACUACCGUAUUUUCUGGGGUGGACGCAAUGGAAAGGAACUAUAGUGAAUCACUUAAAACAUGGUUUAGGGGAGGGAAGAAAUAGGAGGGGGGAAGGAAAGGGUUUGUGAAUGUGUGAGAGAGGCAAAGUAAGGGAGACUAUACAAAAGAAUAUGAAUGUUUGCAUUUUAAUUGAGGUGUGAAAUACCACUAAAAACUUACAAAUCCAGAGGUUCAAUAUUACACACAUGCAUUAGGAUUCUUAGUAGCACUCUCACUCUCCCUGUUCACUGGGAAAAGUGCAGCUGUGGCUUUUGCAAAUGCUUCACUGGACACUACAGUAUUUACUUUCACUACAUUAAAAGAAGUAUCACAUUGGGGGAAAUAAGAUCCCAAGUAUGAGUUUAUUCCUAAAGAAAAUAAAAAUAUAAUGUUAAAAGGGGUGCAGCCUGUGGUAAAACCUGACUGAAAAUAACGGUUGUACUAAUUUUAUCUGUGUCUUUUGUUAAGGGAAAAAAAAAGUGGUUUUGACAGAAUGAGGGGGUAAGUAGGCCAGAAGAUGACAUAGACAGUGAGAAAACACAGUUACAGAGAGCUAGAAAGGACCAGGCUAAGAAUUAGUAGGUGCAAGGAAAAAAAGUAGAAGAGAAAGGGAAGUGACGGAACUUAAGAGAAAGAUGAAGGGAAAAGAAGAAACGUUUUUCUUCUGCUACUUCUUGCUUUAAUUUAUAGGUAUUUCCAUGUGUAUAUAUAAAAUAAAGAGAAAUUAUGAAUAGGGCUGUAAAACACUUCUGAAUGACAUUCUAAAUCAAUCCUGAUCUAUUCUUAUGUCUCUAGACUCUCUUGAUUUAUUUAUGGUCUUGUAAUUCAGAUAACAGUUCUUUAUAUAUAUUUAUGUAUGUGUCUGUAAUUUGCUAGUAAUAUACAUCUCUCUCAAAAGUAUCUAGUUACACACGUGGGUAUUUACACAUGUACACACACUGAGGGCUUCUAUUGUGUGUAUCUGCACACUCACACACAGAGAAAAUGUACAUAUCACAAAAAUCGCAGUAGAUAGCACCAGGUACAAAAUGGCAGUAAUUUAGCACAUAAAGAGCAAAGCAAAAAUUAAAACAAGCAUCAUGUGACUGCAAAUGCAAUAACCGCACAAGAGACAAAAGAAAUGACAUCCCUGACUAGUAAACAUUGCAUUGUUAUUGUUAUUUUAGCUCUGCCACAGGCAUGGAGUUUGUUGAAAAAGAGCUGCAGAGCCUUGCCAGCAGUAAUCCUCUUUUUAUAUCCUUUACCACAGACUUGCAUUUAAACAGGAUUUGGACUAAGCAAAGAGAAUUUCCUGACAAUUAAGGGCUAAAUGCUCCCCUGCUGUGGAAAAAGCCAUAAGGAUGGACCCAGUAACUCUUAAAACUCCAUGUGUUCUACCUGUAGAGGUUAUCACUGCUUUUUUCCCUUGGG